AUGGCCAGCGUCGCCAGGAACAGGCCCGUGCUCAUGGACUUCAUCCGCUCGGGCGCCUCCCGGAUGAAGAACUCCAGCUGCCCCACGUACGCGAACGCCUCGCCGGCGCCCACCAGGAAGAACUGCGGCACCAGCCAGAGCGCGCUCACAGCGACGCCGCCGCUGCCGUUGGAGGCGUCCCUGCGUUUCUUCUCGACGAGUGCGGAGACGGCCAUGCCGAGCGUGGCGAGGACGAGCCCCGCGGCCACGCGCUGGAGGGAGGUCAGGCCCUGCGGCCGCCGCGUGAGCCGGGCCGCCAGAGGGACCAGGAGGCGCUCGUUGAGCGCGGUGAAGAGCAGGACGGAGAGGAAGAGGAAGACGGAGAGCGAGCCCGCCGGGACGACGAAGUGGCUGCCGGCCCGGCGGUCCAUCUGCUCGGCCUGCUGGAUGGAGAAGGUGGUCAUCUGGGAAUAG